UGUCACAGUAGAGCCCCAAGGUGGACCCACGCGUUUCACAGUGGAGCCACCAGCUUCAGAGUGAGCCACAGUGGAGCCACCAUCUUCAAAGUGAGCCACAGUGGAGCCACCAGCUUCAGAGUGAGCGACAGUGGAGCCACCAACUUCAGAGUGAGCCACAGUGGAGCCACCAUCUUCAAAGUGAGCCACAGUGGAGCCACCAGCUUCAGAGUGAGCCACAGUGGAGCCACCAGCUUCAGAGUGAGCCAGAGUGGAGCCACCAGCUUCAGAGUGAGCCACAGUGGAGCCACCAACUUCAGAGUGAGCCACAGUGGAGCCACCAGCUUCAGUGAGCCAGAGUGGAGCCACCAGAUUCAAACUGAGCCAGAGUAGAGCCACCAACUUCAGAGUGAGCCAGAGUGGAGCCACCAACUUCAGAGUGAGCCAGAGUGUAACCACGUGGAGCCACGGUGUAACAACGUGGAGCCGAGUGGAGUCGCUCCGCGCAUGCCUCGCGGCUUACGGUGGUGGCUCGUCUCCAACAUUUCACGACCCCGCCCCUGCAGCAGCGACUCGCCCGCCCGAGACGCGAGAGACGACACGAGCAGAGCGAGGAGGCGGACGAGGAGAGCGAGAGAGAAAGAGGGCGAGAGAGACAAAGGCGGUCCAGGGGAGAGGCGAGCGAAGGGAGCGAGAGCGUCGCGGGAAAUCGCGGACAACAGGAUUCGCGGCCAUCGAGAAUAAACAAUGCAGAGCUCCCAGCAGUUUGUGCGCCAGGCGCUGGCGUCGCGAUGGCGAUUCCGACCCCUGCCACUCAAGCCUCUGACUCCGGUGCCCAGCGACAUUGAGGUCUCCCGUGCCCAGACGCCGAAGGCGGCGGACCUCCUGGCGCAGGAGGUGGGGCUGCUGCCGGGCGAGGUGGAGGCCUACGGACGCUGCAAGGCCAAGGUGUCUCUGUCCACUCUGCACCGGCUGCGGCACCAGCCCGACGGCAAAUACGUGGUGGUCACCAGCAUCACCCCGACGCCGCUGGGCGAGGGCAAGAGCACAAGCGCGGUGGGGCUGGCGCAGGCGCUCUCCUCGCAGCUGCACCUCAACACCUUCGCCUGCGUGCGACAGCCCUCGCAGGGACCCACGUUCGGCAUCAAAGGGGGCGCGGCCGGAGGAGGCUACUCCCAGGUCAUCCCCAUGGAGGAGUUCAACCUGCACUUGACGGGCGACAUCCACGCCAUCACGGCAGCCAACAACCUGCUGGCCGCCGCCAUCGACGCGCGCAUCUUCCAUGAGAACACGCAGACGGACAAGGCUCUCUACAACCGCCUCGUUCCGCUGCUCAACGGGGUUCGUCGUUUCGCGCCGAUCCAAAUCCAGCGUCUCAAGAAACUGGGCAUCUGCAAAACAGAGGCCGACUCUCUGACGAGCGAGGAGGUGACCCGGUUCGCUCGCCUGGACAUUGACCCCGACACGGUGACCUGGAAUAGAGUCCUGGACACAAACGACCGGUACCUGCGCAAAGUGACCGUCGGGCAGUCUCCUACCGAGAAAGGGCACUCAAGAGAGACCCAGUUCGACAUUGCGGUGGCGAGCGAGAUCAUGGCGAUCCUGGCCCUCGCCGGCAGCCUGGGCGACAUGCGCGAGCGCCUGGCGCGCAUGGUGGUGGCGACGAGCCGCAGCGGGGAGCCCGUCACCGCGGAGGACCUGGGGGUGAGCGGGGCCCUGGCGGUGCUCAUGAAGGAGGCCAUCAAACCCAACCUCAUGCAGACGCUGGAGGGAAGCCCGGUGUUCGUCCACGCGGGCCCCUUCGCCAACAUCGCCCACGGCAACUCCUCGGUGCUGGCCGACAAGAUCGCCCUCAAGCUGGUGGGAGAGCAGGGCUUUGUGGUGACGGAGGCCGGCUUCGGAGCCGACAUCGGGCUCGAGAAAUUCUUCAACAUCAAGUGCCGCCUGUCGGGCCUCUGCCCCGACGCCGUGGUGCUGGUGGUCACCGUGCGGGCCCUCAAGAUGCACGGCGGAGGCCCCAAGGUGACUGUUGGUGCCCCGCUGCCUAAGGAGUACACGGAGGAGGGCCUGGAUCUGCUCGAGCGUGGAUGCGCCAACCUCGUCAAGCACCUGCAGAUCGCUCAGCUGUUCGGAGUGCCAGUGGUCGUCGCCAUCAACGAGUUCACCACGGACACGCCGCGCGAGACCGCCCUGCUCGUGUCCGCGGCCCUGCGCGCCGGCGCCGCGGCCGCGCUGCGCUGUGCCGCGUGGCGCGCCGGCGGGGAGGGCGCGGCGGCCCUGGCCCAGGCCGUGGUGGAGGCGGCGCAGCGGCCGCGGGGCCGCCCCCGCCUGCUCUACGACCUGCAGCUGCCCGUGGAGGAGAAGAUCCGCGUCAUCGCACAGAAGGUGUACGGCGCAGACGACAUCUGCCUCUCGGAGGAGGCUCGCAGGAAGAUCGACCUCUACACCAAGCAGGGCUUUGCCGAGCUGCCCAUCUGCAUGGCCAAGACGCACCUGUCGCUGUCUCACCGGGCCGAGCUGAAGGGCGUCCCCAAGGGGUUCGUGCUGCCCAUCAGCGACGUGCGAGCCAGCGUGGGGGCCGGCUUCCUCUACCCGCUCGUCGGCACCAUGACCACCAUGCCUGGGCUGCCGGUGAGGCCAUGCUUCUACGACAUCGACCUCGACCCGGACACGGAGGAGAUCCGCGGCAUUUUCUAACUGCACCCGUCAUGGCCGACGGCACCACGUGACACCACGUGACACCCCACGUGACGCCACGUGACACCACGUGACACCCUGCGUGCGACCCGUGGGACCGUCGCCGGCGGUUCCGUGCGUCGUUAUCGAUUCGGUUUUCACGUCGUUUGAAUUUGUCUGCCUGGUUUGUUUUGUCCGACUCGUUUUUAAUAUCCCGUCUCAUUGGUGUGGUCCAUUCCAUUUGCUCUACCUCGUUAGCACCGUCUCAUCUGCGUUGUCUCCAGUUCCCCGUCUCGUCUGCACCGUGUGUCUCCUGCCAGGUCCACAUUGUGCGUGUUGCGUUAUUCUGCCGGCAAAUUCCCCCCCCCCCCCCCCACGUUUAC